AAUUAACAACUGUCAAUUGGUUUUUGAGUUUUCAUUUUUGGAGAAAAUAUCGCGGUACAACAGAACAGAAGAUUUAAAUUAAUUUAUUUAAAAAAAUAUCAAUUAAAAAUGGAAUUUAAUAGCUCUGGUGGUAUGCGAAGCCCUUUUUCACCUCGAGUUAGACAGUCAAUUGGCGGCCGGAGACCUGUAGGACUUGGUUCAGCUAAAAAGAAUCAGAGCAAAUUCAUGCAGUCCAUGGAGCAGCAGCCUGGCGAUAUAAUAUACAAGACACCUCUAAGCACCAUUGAAACUUUUGGAAUGCCCUUGCCUGUCAUGGUGACUGAAACACUAACUUUUGCAAGUGGGGAUGUGAGCGUGCGCAUGUCCCCGUGCGGCUGGUGCUGGGUGGUGGCGGGGCGCCGCGUGCUGGCGUGGCCGCGGGAGCCGGCCGCGGCCCCCGGCGCUCCGGCCGCCGCCAGGGAACUGACGCUGCCACAGACUGACUUGGCGCACAAGGCUGAUCUAGUUGUGCUGUUCUAUGAGGAGGGGGCGCAGAUGCCCUCCUGUAUCGGGGUAUCGCCAGAGGGCGUGGUGCGCUACUGGCCCUGCGUGGGCACGGAGGGCGCCUACACCGACGUGUCGUGCGAGCUGGCGGGGCAGGAAUGCGACCGCCUCACUGAAGCCAAGGACGGCCUGCUACUAGCCACCACCACCUGUACUCUUGUCAGGAUCACUACUAGCAAGGAGGGUCGUCCGACGGUGGUUUGCCAGACUCUGCGACCCCCCAGUGGCUGGCUCGGAGGCAUCGGUCGGAAGGUCUCACUACUCUUCUUCGGCUCCAUGCCCGCCCAUGCUGAUACGAAAUUGGUGGGGGUGGUGGUUCUCCCGGCGACCACCAACACGGAAAACCCAGAAGGAGAAGAGGAUGAAUGUAUAGCCUUGCUGGCGGGGGGGCCGCUGCUGCAACUGUGGUGCGGGGCUGAAGUCAACGAGCAUAACCUGAGGAGGCCACUGUCCGAAGCCUUCGCUAGGUCACAUUUAGCACCACAAGGGGAUCUGAACAGCCUGGAGAUCAUGGCGCUGGACGUGCACGCGCACGGGCCGCGCGGCUUGUUGCUGCUGCUUGCGGCCGUGAACGUGGCGCGCUCGCCGGAGAUGAGAUACGCACUCGCUCACAUAAGCGUGGAGCAGAGAGACCGCGCUCGGGUAGUGUCGCUGUGUGCGGUGCGAGUGCCGCGGGACGACGAGCCGCCCAAGUGUCUGCCGCUGCCCACGCGCCCGCUGCUCUACACCUCCACUUACGUGGCCUGCUUCUCGCCAUCAGCAACGGAGAAGGCGGAGUACGUGGACGUGUCAGCAGAAGCAGACCGCAUCCUGGGCGCGGCGUUCUGCGACGGUCUGCCGCUGCUGUUCAGCCGCAAGCACGGCGUGCUGCUGCUACGCGCUGCGGAGCCGGGCCCGCAGCAUCACCACACGCCGUCACUCUGCGACAGUCCGAUGGGGUCGCCGUGUCCGUCCGAUAUGUACGACAGCAACCUAGCGCUCUACGAAAUUGAUCCGCAUGAGGUGAGUGCAAUGAGCACAGACGCAGUGGGCAAGUUGAAGAGUGCAUUCCUCUUCCACGUGCGUGGCGACGCAAGUUCAGCCGCGCGGCUGACCGCAGAGCUGUUUCCGCGCACGGAGCCGCACAGCGACGCGCCGCUGGACCGCACGGUUCUGGCUUUAGCUCAGGAUAUGCUGGACGACGCGCCCGCUGGCGAUCCUAGGUGGAAGCUCCGUUCUGGCGGAGCGACGCGCGUGGCGCUGGGCAGCUCGGCCGCGCUGCAGACCGCGGCGCAGCUGCGCGACAAGCAGCGCGCCUUCUCCCUGUUCCUCGACUUCUUGCGCGCGCACAACCUGUGGCGGAGACUCGGCACUGUGACCAGGGAAAACGAGGAAGGUACAGUCAGUACGCAAUACGAGCUGUGUUCGCUCGGCGAGAGACUGGCGGCCGCGCGCGCCUUGCAGCGCCUGCAUCAAGAGGGGGCACACUUAGUGGACGCGGCGCUGCAUCGGGUGACAGCGAGCGCGGAGAGCGAAAGUCCGGACAGUCCGGAAGGCGAGGAGCCGGAGGUGCUGCAAGCUUUGCGCAGCGGCGCGCUCUCAGCCGCAGACGUGUGCUUCCGCCGCGUCACGCGCAUCGCCCGCGUGCUGCGCGCGCUGGCCGAGCUGCCGCCGCCCGCGCACGACCCGCGCGCCGCCGCCCACCACGCGCUGCACGCACUCACUGCGCUCGCGACAGCGCUGAGUGAGAUGCAGAAGUGCCGCGCGCAGGCGCCGUCGCGGCCCGCGCCGCCGCUCGGCCCGCGCUCGCUGCUCUCUUCCUUAGCACAUCUACACAAGCGCGCAGUCUCCGAGUGCGGCCACAAAUGCGAGGACAUAAACCUGCGCGCCCAGGUGCUGGAGGCGGCUGCCACGCUGGCGGACUUGCUGCUGAGCGAGGCGGACCCGCUCCGACACUCCUCGCGCACCAUCCAUCUGUACGAGCGCAUGCGCACAGAGACCAUACAGCCUUACAUCCAGGAAGGUCAGAUCGAGAGAGCAGCGGUACUGGCUGAGAAGUUCAAAGACUUCGAUUUGCUGAUCGAAAUGUGUGUGCAGCGAAACGACAUGCAGCGACUUUACGGAUACAUUGAUAAAUACGCAGAUGAGGGUAUGGCAGAAAAAGCAUUCGCCUGGCUUGCUUCCCGUGGUGGCUCUCAGUGUGCGUUACUCCUGCGCUCUCUGGGCUCGAGAGCGGGUGACAGGCUUCGGUCGUGGCUAGCGGCCGCGCCUGACCGCUUAUCCCUUCGUGCACUGCAUCAUUUAGCUGCGGGCGAUACUGUGCCGGCCGCUAAACUAUACGCCGAAAUGGCUGAACAGGAGACAUACUCCGUCGCAAGAAUGUCCACAAUGGCGUCAAUAGCCAAGCUGUGCCUAUUGGCUGGGGACGAGCCCGAGCCCCAACACUCUGAAACGUGGCAGAAGGCCGAAUGUCGGCUAUCGCUGGCCGAACAGCACUACGCGUUACCGCGCGAGCUGCGCCUCCACCACGGCUUGGACGACGAUGAGAAUACCAGGGUUCUGGAACCUGAGGAGCUGGUGCAGAUGUACAUCGACUCGGCGAGUCGCUCGCUGACGGAGUACGACUACAAGAAGGCGUUGGAUCUCACGGACUUCGUGCAGGACAUGGAGCGGAGAGACGAGCUGCGACUGAGGGUGUGGUGUGCUUGCAUCCUGCGUGACGACUGGUCGGUGUGUCGCGUGGACGCGCCCGCCGCCGAGAUGCAGGACAAGAUGUUCUUCCGUCUGCUCGACUUAGUACAUCUUAUGGGUGGCGAUCUGGAGCUUUUGCUCCCGCCAGUGGAAGACAUCCUGACGGCCCCGGAACUGGCGGAGCUGGUCUCCGACCCUCGGUUCCACUUCCUCAUCAAGUACGGCUACGAGUGCGUCGACGCCACCAGAAACGACCACAUCGUUGACGCGGACUCCACUUAGAUCCUCUUUCGCCUUCGCCAUGUGACCGAGAGAUCUGUCAAAGCCUAUACUAGUAUAUAACGAAAGCGGUGUAUAAUACGGGGUUUCAACGGCGCGAUUUUAAAUAAUCAACUGCUAAAUUGCAUGCCAUUCGAACUGUAUGAACAGACGUUCAAUCGAAUUUCAGCAAAUACAGUAGCCCGAAGCAAAUAGAUCGACCUUUAGAAAGGAAUUUCGGCUUCGUAGAGCGUUGUCUCUGACACUCAUAUUUAUGUGACGUUUUGUCGUUAUCAACGACAGAGACAACGCUCUACGAAUCCGUUAUCUCUUUCUAAAGGUCGAUGUACAAUAUUUUGUGCCGGGUGCUGCACUUGUUUUUGCAGCCCGCGGAUUUCUGUUAGAUUUGUUCUUAGCCUAAGUUAAAAUAGUACAAGUUCUCACCAUUCGAUGAUGUUCAGUCAGACUGAUCUAGGUGUAGGUACACAGGUUAGCAAUCGUACAGUUAAGAAAAUAAUAUUUUAAUAUACAGGAUGUAACCAGAACGCUAGCAAAAACGAAGAAGCUGAUGAUUACUGAUAAUGAUACCACAAAAAAAAACGCGAAAAAAAACUGUAUUUUUUAAAGUUUACAA